CCUGGGUGGUAUUGCGCUGACAUGCUUCACGCUAAGGUGUAGGUCCCACCGUCGUCAACUUGACUACGUACCUCACAUCUUAACUACCUCCUAUUAGGUGCAUUCAUAUAAAUAAAUAAAUAAAAUUCGUAGCCCUUCACGAAACUGUAAGGCAGGUAGCAGGACGUGUGAUUUUAUAUGCAACCAUGUUGGAAGGGAUGCGAUGCCUCAAAGGGCGCCGAUCUGAUAAGCCUUCAGCAACGACGGGGAAAAUCUCCAAAAAGCCAUUGAACAAAACAUGCCUUUUCAAGUAUUGGCCAGGAAACAGGAAGAAAGGGGCACCGGGUCAAUCUUUUACGCGGUCUGAGCAGCCCCCAAAUCUCAAUGUUGCGGUUUUAGACCAAGCUACAAUAUUGGGUGAUCAUGAUAUGGAUCGUGAUAUGGACCAUGAUGUAGACAAGGAGACAUUCAUCCAGUCUUUCGAGAAUACUCGCAACAGUCCGGUCGAGCAAUGGCUCGUUACUUCAGCAAUUCCUUCGUCCUACCAAGAAUUUCAGCUGCGAGAGACGACGGUCCAAGGAAGCGUACCAUCAAAGUUUCCAGACGACUUUUCUAGCAGAAGUCAUAGUUCUCUCAAAACGCGACCAUCAACGCUGCUCGGAGAAACACGUCCCCGAUUUCAAGAUCACACUGAGCUGGCAACAGAGCAUAGCACUGGGUUAAGUGCUCUAUUUCAGCAACCCGCUCGUCUCGGAUCCGAUACGAGAUCAUAUCCGAACCGCUUAAAGAACUACCCCAGUAGUUCUAGCUCGACUAACCCUCCUUCCCUGACCUUCCUGUCCCUGACGCCAAGCACAAGCUGUAGCUCUCUGAAACCCGAAGUCACUAUUCGUCAAUCCAAGUCGGCCGCUGAAUCAACGAACAGCCUUCGCGCGAAGGCAGACGAAGAUGCUGAACUGGCGAACUCGUUGAGUCAUAGAAUCGCGCUGGCUCAGGUUUUCAUGUACCAGGCCCGAAUGUCUGAUCGGCCGCUAAACACCCCUUUCGCCAUAUCCGGGGGACAUAUGUUAUCCUGAUAUUAAGAGUCCUAAUUUCGACGUCCGUGGACUACGGAUAUCGAAACGACCUAAACUAAGCUAGGCGGAUAGCAAAGUCGUUUCCCCCGAUCAUGUUCGACUCACCAGAGCUGCUCCAGAGCAGCCCCUCAAUUGCUACGUCAUGUACCAACACCAAAAUAGAUACCCAACAAAGACGUGGAUGAGGUUCUAGAACUGUUAAGGGGUCGAAAAAAAAAGCAAGCGAGCCGCAGUUAGAAGACGGAAGAAGAGAGUCUGCCUAAAUCCACCAGAUUGCUAGC